AUGGUGAACAUUACAGAGAAGAUCAAGGAGAUCGAGGAGGAGAUGAAGAGGACGCAGAAGAACAAGGCCACGGAAUACCACCUUGGACUACUCAAAGGAAAGCUUGCCCGUCUCCGCGCCCAACUCCUCGAGCCCGCUCCAGGUGCUGGCGGCGGCGGCGGAACAGGAUUCGAUGUGUCCAAAUCUGGCGACGCCCGUAUAGCGCUCGUCGGGUUCCCGUCGGUCGGAAAGUCAACCUUCUUGUCGAGAGUCACCAAGACCAAGUCGGAAGCGGCAUCGUACGCCUUCACCACAUUAACCGCCAUCCCCGGUGUGCUCGAGUAUGCGGGUGCUGAGAUCCAGGUCCUCGAUCUUCCUGGUAUCAUCGAGGGCGCCGCCGAGGGCAAGGGCCGCGGACGCCAGGUCAUCAGCGCAGCUAAGACAAGCGACUUGAUUCUGAUGAUCCUCGAUGCCACCAAGAAGGCCGAGCAGAGAAGACUGCUCGAGGCUGAACUCGAAGCAGUCGGCAUCCGACUCAACCGCGAGCCACCCAACAUCUACCUGAAGCCGAAGAAAGCCGGCGGCAUGAAGAUCAACUUCCAAGUCCCGCCCAAAGGCGGGCUAGACGAGAAGCUCAUCUACCAGAUCCUCAAAGACUACAAGAUGCUCAACGCCGAAGUGCUGAUCCGCGACGAGUACGCCACCGUCGACGACUUCAUCGACACCAUCAUGAUCGCGCACAGAAAGUACAUCAAGUGUCUGUACGUGUACAACAAAAUCGACUCGAUUUCGCUGCCGCACCUGGACCAGCUGGCGCGCGAACCGCACACGGUCAUCAUGAGCUGCGAGCUGGAUCUGGGCAUCAUGGAUGUCGUCGAUCGCUGCUGGGAGGAGCUGCAGCUCAUGCGCAUCUACACCAAGCGCAAGGGCUACGAGCCGGAUUUCAGCGAGGCGCUGAUUGUGAGGCGCGGGAGCACGAUUGAGGAUGUUUGCGAUCAGGUGCAUAGGACGCUCAAGGAGACGUUCAAGUAUGCCAUGGUGUGGGGGGCUAGUGCGCGCCAUGUGCCGCAGAGGGUCGGGUUGAGUCAUGUCGUCGCUGAUGAGGAUGUGGUUAGUAUUGUGGCGAGGUAG